AUGCUCCGAACAGGCUGUAAAUUAGCACGGGUUGUAUCGCAAUCGGCAUGCAGGUCACGUACAUAUGCUACUGUAGGGCAAGAUCCACUAGGCUUCUUUCCAAAUGAACCAGCAAAACCCGUUAUCAAAUCAUCCAUUCCAGGCCCAGCAUCUCUUAAAUUCAUCAAGCAGCUGGACAAAUACCAGGACUCUCGAGCUGUAUACUUUGCCGUCGACACCGCAAACAGUCAGGGAAAUUACAUUGCUGAUGCUGAUGGCAACAUGAUGUUGGACGUGUACGCUCAGAUUGCAUCGAUUGCUAUCGGAUACAACAAUCCUGCUCUUCUUGAAGCUGCCAAGAGCGACAAAUGGACUCGAGCAAUGAUCAAUCGACCUGCUCUUGGUGUCUUCCCUCCAACCGAUUGGGUCGAAUCACUAGAGAACUCCUUCCUUCGAGUAAAACCCGCGGGCCUAAACCAAAUCUUUACAGCAAUGUGUGGUUCAUGUGCCAAUGAAAUCGCAUUCAAGGCUGCAUUCAUAUUCCAACAGGCCAAGAAACGUGGAUCCAGUGUCGAUUUCUCAUCCGAAGAAUUGAAUUCUUGUAUGGUCAAUCAGCCACCUGGCAGUCCAUACUACUCGAUAUUGAGUAUGAGUGGUGCCUUCCAUGGACGUACUUUGGGUACUUUAUCUGCUACGAGAAGUAAAGCUAUUCAUAAAUUGGAUAUCCCUGCUAUGCCAUGGCCGAAAGCUCAGUUCCCUAUAAUCAAACACCCGUAUGCUGCUAAUGAAGCUGCAAACAAGGCCGCUGAAGCAAAGUCUUUGGCUGAAAUGGAGUCAAUAAUCAAGAAUGCCAAGAUUCCUGUUGCUGCUUUGAUUAUUGAGCCCAUUCAGGGAGAAGGUGGUGACAAUGCCGCAUCUCCAGCCUACUACCAAGGCAUUCGAGAACUCACCAAGAGAUUGGGCGUAUUGAUGAUUGUUGAUGAAGUACAAACCGGUGUUGGUGCUUCUGGAAAGUUCUGGGCUCACGAAUACUGGAAUUUGACAACACCACCAGACAUGGUGACAUUCUCAAAGAAGAUGCAAGCUGCCGGAUUCUACCACAAUCUGGAAACUAGACCUGCUCAACCCUACCGAAACUUCAACACUUGGAUGGGUGAUCCAAUUCGAGCCUACCAAGCUGAAGUGAUUAUCGAUCAAAUCUUUAAAAAGGAUUUACUCAAAGUCGUGAAUGAGUCUGGAGCGCAUACUCGUGCUGGUUUGGAUUUGUUGGCUAGUAAACAUCCAAAAUACGUCUCGAGUGUUCGUGGAUACGGUACACAUUUAGCAUUUGAUUCUGCUGAUGGACCUACUCGAGACAAGUUAGUCUCUGCUCUUCGACAACGCGGUGUAAACUCUGGUGGAUCUGGCGACCAUUCAGUCAGAAUGCGUCCCAUGCUGGUCUACCAAAAGAAGCACGCUGAUAUUUUCUUGAACACUCUGGAAGAAACUAUCAAGAGUCUUUAA